UGAACAGACAGAGAGAGAUGAGAGCGGGGGUAACCUCGAGGUACCGUUAUAACGAAGAUUGAAGUUUUUUUUUAAUGUCUUACGUGUCAUUAAGUUUGUUUACCUUGUAACUGUAUUUGUCGCAGACGGAGUAUUUUAACUGCUGGUUAAAGAGUAGGCUACUGUUUGUUUCGGAUUUGCUGUUUUGGAAGCUAGGCAGAUCUGGAAAAAUAGGCGACGGCGUGGAGUUUUAACACCUAAGACAACGCGUUGGAAGCUGCGGCUCUUUAUUUGUUAAGUGUCUAAAAGUAACGCUCGCCUCACCACCGCCAGUUUGUUUAUGGGUGUUUUCAGUUGGUCGUGGCGUGGCCGUAAGAGUUGAAGGAGUUCAUUGGAAGGUCGUUGGAAAAAACUAACAGCACGUUUUUUCUGCAUAUAUCAGAAGGAGUUCCUGGGAUGUGUUCGUAUUUGUCUUUGCACGUCUUAGAGGGUUAUCUUCCAGUGAUACGACAUAAAAUCGGAAUAUUCGGAGGCACCUGAAACGGAGACCUGUGAACUAAGCUGCAAAGCGAACUAUUGUAGCCUACUUACACCAAGCCACUGUUCGAUAGAAGUUUGGCCAUAGAACUGGAUGAGGACACACAUUUCGAAAUCGCUAUUAAAAAGCUGGCUAUCUGUUUUAGCCAAUUUGUUUUGGUGUUGUGUUGUCUUUACGCAACUGCGACUCAUAUCUCGCUAGAUAAUUCUUUGGAAUUGUUUCUGUUCACUGGAACCCUCGCUUACAGUGUAAUGAGGAAGAGCCGAGUCGUAUUCCACAGGGUAGCCUAUCUACUCACGAGCUCGCUGUGUGGGAUUUUUAUUUUCUCGGACCAGUGGACUACCAAAAAAGCAAAAAAAUAUGACAGUGAACUAUAGACGUACCAAACAACAGUAGGAAGAUGAAGAGUUGUAUCCGCACGUGUGUCACCAGAACACAAGAUCACGUUAUUUAGUGAUCAUUUCAAGCUUAGCAUUAAUCACAAAGUUGGCUGAUAGGAUAUUUCUAUAAUUAAAGUACAACCACGUUGGACCCCGGUCCAGGGGGGCUCCUUGGGCGAGCUGGCUUUAUUAGUUGGCUUGGAAAUUUUCAUAAACUUUUUUGCAUACUUUAGUGUAGGCUAUUACAAACAGUUUUGAAUUAAACGUAACAUCUUCAAGAAGUUCCCCUCUUUGGAUAACCUUAAAGAAGAUUGUCCCCAAAGUCAAAAUGCGGUGGGUGACCUCAGCAUUUGUUUUGGUCCCUUUUAUCGCCCUUGUUUGCCAAUAUGGGCCAACAGACGGAGAAAUCUGCCCCAGUAAGGACAUCCGCAACAACGUGACCAACCUGCAGACGCUGGAGAACUGCACUGUAAUCGAGGGCCACCUGAAGAUCCUACUCAUGUUCAAGACCAAGCCUGAAGACUUCCGGGGUGUGAGCUUCCCCCGGCUGAGGGUCGUCACCGACUACCUGCUGCUGUUCCGCGUGUAUGGCCUGGAGACACUGCAGGACCUGUUCCCAAACCUCACCGUCAUCCGGGGACACAACCUGUUCUUCAACUACGCCUUGGUGAUGUUUGAGAUGCUGCAGCUGCGGGAGGUGGGGCUGUCCAGCCUCAUGAACAUCACCCGGGGGGCGGUGCGCGUGGAGAAGAACCCCGACCUCUGCUACCUCUCCUCCCUCGACUGGUCCAAGAUCCUGGACUCAGUGGAGGACAACUACAUCAUGGCCAACAAGAAUGAGCGUGAGUGUGGAGAUGUGUGUCCAGGCACCGUGGAGGGGAAGAGCACCUGUCUGCAAACCACCAUCAACGGGCAGUUUGUCUACUGCUGCUGGAACCAGCACCACUGCCAGAAAUUGUGUCCCCACAACUGUAAGAACCGUGUCUGUACCCCUCAGGGCCAGUGUUGCCAUGAACAGUGCCUGGGGGGGUGCUCCCAGGAGGCCAACGCCAGCAGCUGUGUCUCCUGCAGGAACCUCCAGCACGGGCCCAGCUGUGUGGACGCCUGCCCCCCAGGACACUACGUCUACAAGGGCUGGCGCUGUAUCUCACAUGCCUUCUGCCAUGAGCUCCACGACCAGUGUAAGCAGAGCAGGAACCCCGACUGCCACGAGUAUGUCAUCCACAACGGAGCCUGUAUCCCAGAGUGUCCCUCUGGGUACACCACCAUGAACUCUACCACGCUGAUGUGUUCUCCAUGUGCGGGCCUGUGUCCUAAGCUGUGUACGGGGGAUAAGGUUGUGGACUCUGUGACAGCUGCCCAGGCACUGCGAGGAUGUACUGUGCUCAACGGCAGCAUGUCCAUCAAGAUCCGUGGAGGCAACAACAUAGCAGCGGAGCUGGAGGCAAACCUGGGCCAGCUGGAGGAGAUCACCGGCCACCUGACCGUCCGCAGAGCCUACGCCCUCGUCUCCCUCUCCUUCUUACGGAACCUGCGUGUCAUCCGCGGAGAAAAACUAGAGUCAGAGCACUUUGCAUUCUACGCUCUGGACAACCAGAACCUGCGUCAGCUGUGGGACUGGUCCAGCCACAACCUGACCAUCCUGCAUGGCCGCACCUUCCUGCACUACAACUCCAAACUCUGCAUGUCGGAGAUCCGCACCAUGGAGGAAGUGACAGGCGUGCAGCAGAGGAACCAGAAAAACGACAUCUCUCUCCGCACCAACGGGGACCAGGCCUCCUGCGAGAACCAGGUCCUGAACUUCACGAUGGUCAAGACGUCCUCAGACAAGAUCAUGGUGCGGUGGCAGCCUUUCUGGCCCACGGACUACCGGGACCUACUGGGCUUCAUGGUUCUAUACAAGGAGGCGCCCUACGACAACGUGACAGAGUUUGCAGGGCAGGACGCAUGUGGCUCCAACAGCUGGGUGAUCGCUGAUGUGGACCCGCCGCCGCGUGCCACCGACAACAAGGAGCAGCUGGAACCUGGCCUGCUCAUCCACCCCCUGAAGCCCUGGACGCAGUACGCCGUCAUGGUGAAGACGCAGCUGUCCGCCUCCGACGAGCACCAGGAACGUGGAGCCAAGAGCAGGAUCCUCUAUGUACGCACAGACGCCACCAAGCCCUCGGUUCCGCUGGACCCCAUCUCCUUCUCCAACUCCUCCUCCCACCUCAUCCUCAAGUGGAAACCCCCCGCCGACGCCAACGGCAACAUCACACACUACCUGGUGUUCUGUCAGCAGCAGCCAGAGGACAGCGACCUCUACAAGUUUGACUACUGCCAGAAGGGUAUGAAGCUGCCCUCUCGGACCCCCACGCACAUGGACAGUGAGGAGGAGCGGAGGUGGAACCAGACGGAGGAGGCGUGGGGCGGGACGGGGGGCGGGGCUCGCUGCUGCUCCUGCCCCAAGACAGAGAUCCAGCUGAAGAGAGAGGCGGAGGAGACCGAGUACCGCAAGACCUUCGAGGACUAUCUCCACAACGAGGUGUUCGAGAUCAGGCCAUCUCGCCGCCGUCGUUCAGUGGGCGUGGCCAACGGCACCCUCGCUCUGACCACACACCCCCACCCUCUGACCACGCCCCCCAGCCCUCCGAACGCCUCGACCACGCCCCGCCCUGGUGAGGGCAUCAAGCUCAUGUUCACCUUCCCUCGGGAGACGGGUGCCAUCCCCAACCUGCGCCACUUCACCAGCUACAAGAUCGAGAUCCACGCCUGCAACCACCCCUCCGACAACAUGCGCUGCAGCAUGCCCACCUACGUCAGCGCACGCACACUGCCAGAGGAUAAAGCGGAUGACAUGGUUGGCCCGGUAACCCAUGAGAUAUUGGCUGACCAACCAGACUCUGUUUACAUCAAGUGGGAGGAGCCACAGUCACCCAAUGGGAUGAUCAUCCUGUACGAGCUGCACUACAAGAGACUCGGCGACCAGGAAGAGACCAAACACUGUGUGUCAAGGCUGACUUAUGCCCGGCUAGGCGGUUGCAAGGUGAGAGUGGUGCAUCCUGGGAACUACACAGUGAGGAUCCGCGCCACGUCGCUGGCUGGGAACGGCUCCUGGUCCCAGCCCGCCUUCUUCUUCAUGGCUGACAAGGACACAAGUCCAUGGAAGAUUGUGAUUGGCCCAGUGAUCUGCAUCAUUCUGCUGAUGUUUGUGGGAGGUGGAGUGUUCUACGUCUUCAAGAAGAAACAAACAGAAGGACCUACUGGACCUCUCAUCGCCUCCUCCAACCCUGAGUACCUCAGUGCCAACGAUGUGUAUGUCCCGGACGAGUGGGAGGUAGCGAGGGAGAAGAUGACGGUGCUGCGUGAACUGGGGCAGGGCUCGUUCGGCAUGGUGUACGAGGGCCUGGCCAAGGACAUCAUCAAGGGCGAGGGGGAGACGCGCGUGGCGGUCAAGACGGUGAACGAAUCAGCCAGCCUGCGGGAGAGGAUUGAGUUCCUCAACGAGGCGUCCGUCAUGAAGGCAUUCAGCUGCCACCAUGUGGUGCGUCUGCUGGGCGUGGUCUCUAAGGGCCAGCCCACCCUGGUUGUCAUGGAACUUAUGACUCACGGAGACCUGAAGAGCUAUCUGCGUUGUCUCCGACCUGACUCUGAGAACAACCCUGGCCGCCGCCCCCCCCCUUCCCUGGGGGAGAUUAUCCAGAUGGCUGGAGAGAUAGCCGAUGGCAUGGCCUACCUCAAUGCCAACAAGUUCGUUCACCGAGACCUGGCGGCCAGGAAUUGCAUGGUGGCCGAGGACUACACUGUGAAGAUUGGAGACUUUGGCAUGACCAGAGAUAUCUAUGAGACAGACUACUACCGUAAGGGUGGGAAGGGGCUGUUGCCUGUCAGGUGGAUGGCCCCUGAGUCUCUGAAGGACGGGGUGUUCACCGCCCACUCUGACUGCUGGUCGUUUGGCGUGGUGCUAUGGGAGAUCAGCACGCUAGCAGAGCAGCCCUACCAGGGCCUGUCCAACGAGCAGGUGCUCAAGUUCGUUAUGGACGGAGGCUACCUUGAUCGCCCGGAGAACUGUGAAGAGAGGAUGCACAGCCUCAUGCAGAUGUGCUGGCAGUACAACCCCAAGAUGCGUCCGUCCUUCCAGGACAUCAUCGAGAUGUUCAAGGAGGAGAUGCACCCAUCCUUCAGGGAGAUGUCCUUCUUCUACAGUGAGGACAACAAGGCUCCGGAGAGUGAAGACUUUGACCUGGACCUGGAGAACAUGGAGAGCAUCCCUCUGGACCCGUCCUCCUACGGUCAGAGGGAGGAUCGGGACACGGGCCCCUCGGGGUCCCUGGGGGGGGGAUACUACGAGGAACACAUCUCCUACACUCACAUGAAUGGGGGCAAGAAAAACGGACGGAUCUUAUCUUUGCCUCGAUCCAGCCCUUCCUAACAGCACCUGACCCCGUUCACUGACAUUGUACACACACACACACCCCUCCACACACACCCCUCCCCACACACACCUCAGCACACAUAUCCUUCCACACCCCUGGGUUCCCCUGGUUUUCUAAUAAUUAGUAUUUUAUUAUGUAGUCAGAAGCCCAGUGUUCAGAUCUCAGGAUGGAUGGGUCAGUGUGCUGUGGGGCUCAGGGUCAGGAUUAGGGUCAGGCAGCCGCACCGCAGGAAGCUGGUCAGGUCUGGUGUCUGUAGAGACUGUUCCAGACCAGGACUGGAUCUACAUCUAAUUGUUUUCAAGACUGAGGAGGAAAAUACGAUAAAACUGUGAACAUAAAAUGACGUGAACCUGAAGGCCGCUUUUGCCUCAAACCUAUACACAGACUCCUUUCCUUCCUCGACUCCUCCCUUCCUCUACUCCUCUCUUCCCUC